ACAGGUUUGAAACUCUAAUAUUAUAUGAUAUUAUUUUUGCUACUGAACAAAGUAAUGGAUGCAUUCAGAGCAUUUGAAAAUGGGUCGCUCUUGCCCAGUUACUUUGCUCCUGCCAGGUGGGAUCCCUUCCGUCGUCCCUUGGACUCCAUCCAGCCCUGGCAAUUCAGGCUUCUGGCAGCAGUAAUGUUGUUGGUGACCUCCCUGUCCCUUGCUGAGAACCUGGCUGUAAUCCUGGUAACUUGCAUUGUAGCUCUCUGGUCUCUUGCUCUGCUGGCUUUUGAGCGGUACAUUGUGAUCUGCCGCCCUCGGAGAAAUGUGCGCUUGAGGGGGAAGCAUGCAGCUCUAGGUAUUGUCUUUGUGUGGAGUUUUUCCUUCAUUUGGACCAUUCCACCAACAACUGGUUGGAGCAGUUACACCCCCAGUAAGAUUGGAACUACUUGUGAACCUAACUGGUACUCAGGAGCUUAUGCUGACCGUACAUACAUUAUUACGUUCUUCAUCACCUGUUUUAUAAUACCCUUAUUGGUGAUUUUGGUAUCCUAUGGAAAAUUGGUGCAGAAGUUAAAAAAGGUGUCAGAUGCACAAGGCAGGCUGGGAACUACCAGGAGACCUGAAAGACAAGUGACUAGAAUGGUUGUUUUUAUGAUCAUUGCCUUUCUAAUCUGCUGGAUGCCAUACGCUACCUUUUCUAUCCUAGUCACUGCAUAUCCCUCCAUUGAGCUGGAUCCUCGUCUGGCAGCAAUUCCGGCCUUCUUUUCCAAAACAGCUACCGUUUAUAAUCCAAUUAUUUAUGUCUUUAUGAACAAACAGUUCAGGCAGUGUCUGAUUCAAUUGUUCAGUUGCAGUGCCAUAGGAACUGCAGAGUCCAACAUGAAUCUGACUUCAGAGAGAGCAGUGCUAACCCAGGACAGAAGAGGCAGCGAGAUGGCCCCCAUGGCAGUUCAUAGCACCAUUUCUAAGAGGAAAACUGGAGAUGAACACAGAAGCCAACAACCUUUGGCUCCAUUGACAGCUUCAGAAAACAAAAUGUGUCCCAUGUAG